AUUGGUAAUAAAAAUAAUUGCUUUUUGGUGGUCAGUCAACUCUCCGCUUGUGGCGGUCAAAGUGUCACUGUUGUAACGCGCCUGUGUCCUAGCGGCAGGUCAGCAAGCCUCUCGGUCUAAUACGACCCACAUACGCCCGCGUAAACGGAAGCCCUCGGAACCUUCGAUCGGACGCACAUCACAACUGUAGCAAGUCAACAAAAGUGAAGAAGCUUGAACGUUGAAGUGCCUUGGGCCUUGGCUUGCUUACUAUCACACGAAAACGGACGUUCGUCGGGUGAAGGCCUGAUCUCACACUCAGUGCUCUAUCCGCAGCUGUGACAGCGUCGUCCAGGUCGCCACGGGGUGUAAGCAGGCACACCCUCCAUCCAACUCCGACUCUUACUAGGUGGUUGUGAUAUAAGUGUCCAGCCACCUACGAAGCACCACUUUUGCUUUUCAGCCCCACUGGUCUAUUACGACCCGCGUACGCCUUGGAUACGGACGCCCUCGGAACCCUCAACCGGACGCUCUCCGAAUGGGUGAUUCGCUCUUUCGUCAAGAAGAUUCUAUAGACCAAGAUUACGAUUACCUUAUUAAACUUCUGGCUCUAGGUGACUCAUCAGUUGGCAAGACAUGCCUAUUAAACAGAUAUGCAAACAAUGAAUUCAAUCCUCGUUUUGCGACAACUGUCGGUGUCGAUUUCCAGCAAAAACGUGUCGUCCGUGAAAGCCGGAAUGCCGAGGGCUUGUUGGGGCCGAAACAGCGACUACACCUACAGUUGUGGGACACUGCCGGCCAAGAACGAUAUCGAAGCCUGUGCACCGUUCUGCUGCGUGACGCAAUGGGUUUUUUGCUCGUCUUUGACUUGACAAAUGAACAGAGUUUGUACAAUUGCCGUGAAUGGAUGCAGCUGUUGUGCAAUCAUGCGUAUUGCGAGCGACCUGACGUUGUUCUUGUUGGCAAUAAGGCUGAUCUCACGACCGAACGCCAAGUUCCCUUGUCGACAGCCACCGCUAUGGCUCGCGAAUUGGAUGUUCCCUACGUCGAGACCAGCGCAGCAACCGGAUAUCAAGUGUCCACUGCGGUAGACAAGUUACUCGACGCGGUCCUACUACGAAUUGAGGCGUCUAUCACUCGUCCACGAGUGUUUGGCCCCCAGCCCACUAAAACUGAUCUGAAGAGGACGUCUGAGAAGUCAAAAUGCUCUUGCUAGAUGUCGCCUCGCUUGGUUUCACCAUUCGGCUUUUCUUCGUCUUCGCUUCUCGGUGCUUUGUGGUAUGCAACCUGUGCGUGCUCCUCUAUCUCCGUUAUGUGAAACUAUGCUCCACCAGCGAUAUUUCCUGUUUUCUAUGACCAAAGCCCAAGGGCUUAUUAGGCUGUGAUAUUCCACUUAACUUUUGAUACUAGUGUUCUCUCGCUAUAGGCUGUUUUAUGUUGGACUGGUUCUUGGGAAGAGCGCUUCAUGGAAACUUCUGUCUCUUAUGCACUUGUAUUUUUGAUCUGCCCCCUCCCCCGCAUCCAUUUAUGCUUGACCAAUACUAUUCAACGUGUUUUCCACGUGAUGUAUUUUGACGGAAGAAAUGAAUGCCUAUCUUGCU